AUGCCCAAAAUUGUAAAGAUAUGUGGAACCAGAACAGUUGAAGCUGCUGCUAAAGCUAUAGAGUCAGGAACGGAUUUACUCGGGGUAAUUCUUGUACCCAAUCGGGCACGUACUAUUCAAGAACCAGUGGCAGUAGAGAUAUCAGCAUUAAUCAAAAAGACCAGAAAGGAAAGGAAUAGACAAUUCCAAAAGGUGGCUGAGAUCCAUAAAUAUCUUUCUACAAAGACUUUUGUUGAUGUAAAUGAAUAUUUGUUGCAUUUAUCGAACAUCAUCAUUGAAAAUGGACCCUUUCUUGUCGGUGUAUUCAGGAAUCAGGCGGCAGAAGAAGUGUAUGAGACGGCUCUCAGGUUAGACUUGGAUUUUAUUCAACUUCAUGGAAGUGAAAACAAGUUGGAGUAUGCUGAAUUGAAUAAAGAUUCCAAGUUUGGUGUUAUACCGAGAUACGUAGUUCCCAAGGAUAUAGAUGUGAUCAAACUGCAGCUUUCUACUUUCAAGAAUAGAGCGUACGUUACAAUUCCCCUACUUGACUCAGAAGCAGGAGGGGAAGGUAAAGUUAUUGAUUGGGAAGUAGUUAACGAUUUGGAUUUUGGAAAGUUCAUACUUGCUGGAGGUUUGACUCCCGAAAACUUGAGUUCUACUUCUAGAAUUCAGAACUUAUUAGGAUUCGAUGUCAGCGGAGGUGUAGAGGAUCUGAAUGGAGAUAAGGAUUUGCAAAAAGUUGAGGAUUUCAUUAAGAUUGGAAAGACUUUAUAG